AUGCGUAGGUUCUGCAGCGUCCCGCGCGGCCGGCGGCCGUCGGCCCCCCACGGCGCCGGCCACCCUCCGCCGGAGUGGAUCGAGCCGUACACGGACCUCGCCGACCCGAGCCCGUACACGGCCGCCUCGGCCGCGACGCCCACCCCGUCGCCGUGGCUGCCGCGCGUCGUCUCCCUGGUCCUGCGCGCGCCGCCGGCCACGCUCGCCGCCGACCUGCGCGCCUUCUGCCGCACCUUCCUCCUGCGCCUCUCCCCGGCCUUCGUCGCCGCCGCGCUGCGCUCCCCGCAGCUGCUCCCGCACCCGCUCCCGUCGCUCCGCUUCUUCCGCGCCCUGCCCGGCGGCGCCGACGACCUCGCCGCCCACCCGCAGCACCUCCUCGGCUGCUACGUCUCGCUGCUCCACUCCUUCGCGCGCGCCAGGGAGGCCGCCCCAGACGCCGCCGGCCACGCGCGGCGGCUCGUCGCCGAGCUGCGCGCCCGCGGGGACGGGGACGGCCUGCUGGGGCACCUCACGCCGCCGUCGGCCGCGUCGCUCGUCCGCAGCCUCGCGGCCCUCGGCCUCGCCGACGAGCUGCUGUGGGCGUGGAACUGCAUGCGCCUCGCCGGCGUCGAGCCCUCCAGGGUCACCUACAACUGCCUCCUCGACGGCCUCGUCAACGCGGGCCUCCUUGACACCGCCGUCAACGUGUUCGACGCAAUGUCCACGGAAGACCCGGUUCGCCCUGACGUGGUCUCCUACAACAUUCUCAUCAAGGGGUACUGCCGCGCCGGGAGGAUGCAGGAUGCGAUGGCACGGCUCGAUCACAUGAGGGAUCAGGCGGAGCUCUCCCCCGACAAGAUAACGUACCUCACGCUGAUGCAGUGCCAUUACAGCGAGGGCACGUUUUCACAGUGUGUAGCGUUGUUCCAAGAGAUGGAAGAGAGGGGAAUGGGGAAGGACAUUCCGCAGCAUGCGUAUGUGCUGGUGAUCGGCGCGCUCUGCAAGGACGGGAAGCCGUUUGAGGGAAUGGCCGUGUUUGAGAGAAUGCUCAAGCGUGGUUGCCCAGCCAAAGCAGCAAUGUACACUUCGCUCAUUGAUUCAAUGGGCAAAUUUGGGAGGGAGACCGAGGCAAUGUCACUCUUUGAGAGGAUGAAGAGUAUCGGGCUUGAGCUCGACGCCGUCACGUAUGGAGUGAUUGUUAACUGCUUGUGCCGGUUCGGGAGGCUGGAUGAGGCCAUUUCAUGUUUCAGGAGCUGUGAGGAGAAAGGUAUUGCAGUGAACCCUAUCUUCUAUACAAGCCUGAUUGAUGGCUUUGGGAAAGCUGGAAUGGUCGACCAAGCACAGGAGCUCUUCAAGGAGAUGAAAGUUAAAGGUUUUGUGCCGGACUCAUAUUGCUACAACGUGCUGAUUGAUGGGUUAGCUAAAGCAGGAAGGACGGAUGAUGCUUGUGCCUUGUACAAGAGAAUGGAAGAUGAUGGCUGCGAUCAGACUGUUUACACGUAUACCAUACUGAUCGAUGGUUUGUUCAAGGAACACAAAAAUGAGGAGGCGCUGAAGUUGUGGGAUGCGAUGAUCGACAAGGGGAUCACUCCCACAGCUGCAGCUUUCAGGGCCCUUGCCAACGGGCUAUGUCUUUCUGGCAAAUACAGCCGAGCAUGCAGGAUAUUGGAUGAACUGGCUCCAAUGGGUGUGAUUCCUGAGACGGCACACGAGGACAUGAUCAAUGCUCUGUGCAGGGCCGGGAGAUUCAAGCAGGCCUGCAAAUUGGCAGAUGGCAUCGUGGGAAAGGGCCGUGAGAUACCUGGCAGGGUUCGAACAAUGAUGAUCAACGCACUCAGGAAAGCGGGGAAUACUGAUCUAGCUGUCAAGCUGGUGCAUAGUAAGAUAGGCAUUGGGUAUGAAAGAUCUGGCAGCAUCAAGAGAAGAGUAAAGUUUCAGACGCUGUUUGCCUGAGCCACCGAUGUUUGUUCUCAGUGGUGCGUAGACAUCAAGAAGUGCCAAAGAUUUACUGGAAGUGAGAAGACAUGCCAUAGGCUACACCGAGGUAUCGCAUAGUGCUCUAGACCAUGUUCUGAAAAGGCUCCACACCAGCAGGAGGAAUUUUGACAGUGUUCUGGAGCCAAAAAACUUGAAGCUCUUCCAGUUAUGAGCAAUCAAAGGGAAACAAAAUUGCUUGGCACAUGAGUCUCGCUGACGAGAGAUCUUGUAUGCUACUAGAUUUCAGGAAAAUGUGGGCCGUCCAUUGUUUUUGAAGGGACAGGAUCAAAACAUUAGUCCCUAAAUCAAGCGGUCAGGGUGUUGCUGGAAAAAGGUGCAGUUGUAGAGGCUGCAACUUAUCUGGCUAAACUUGAUGCAAAAACAGCUGUCACUUGAUGUUUCGACGAUUUUGUCAAUUGUAUCUCCCUUCUCAGGGAAAGAGAAAUUAAGGGAGCACAUAAAAUUGCUUCGGCUAGAGCUAUCAAAGGGAAGAUGAACAGAGCGAGAAGGGUCAGUGCUGUACUGCUGUUGGGAUUCUAGGGCGCUGUGUGGUUAUCGUGAAGACAAUUUUUAGAUAAAAAGUUAUGCAAUCUGGAGGCCACCGAUGGAUACUUGGUGAAAGUACCAGUAUGCGGGAAAGCAGUUACUUUGGUUGAAACACAAUGCUUGCCAAAUGAAACCAAGCAAAUGCUGCAAUAUGUGAAAGAAGUUGAUAAGGAACAAUCGAACAAAGUAUGCAUUUUCCAAGAGAAGGUGAGCUUCCUUCUCAGGCUUGCUAUGUGCGCAGAAAUAUUCUGAUGAAACCGAGAAGAAUGUUGUGCGUGUGUGUUAAAACUUUCAGUUGGCUAUGUGCACAACCAAAUAAAGGUCUAUAUUAAUAAUUGUGAAUUUUUUAAUGUAUAUGA